AUGAUGUGCAAUUGGGUUGAAGGAGCUAUCAUCCGAGAAGAACAAGGUGCAUACAUAUCAUCUGCGGAGCAAUCCAAUGUUUAUGCGGUUUUCGUGGAUGGUUCCUUCUACAUCCAGGGUGAAAAUGGACGCCUUGUAGUUUUUAGCUUGAACAGUUCUGGAGAUUUUGUAUUUUCAAGGCAUGAUCUUCAACUUCCAUUCGAGAGUUCAUCUCUAGAGCAAAUCUUUCUAGUGGGAUGUGGCAGAGAUGUUCUAUCAGUGGCGGUAGGAAAAUUUUUUACGUGGUUGAAAGUUUUCAAAUUGAAUCGGUCGAGAAUGAUGGCUUGGGAAUGGGAGGAAGUGAAAUACUUGAAGAAUAACAAUUUAUAUUUAUCUACCAUGUCAAGUGUUAUUAGAGAGGUUGAAACUUCUCGAGCGGGGAACAUGAUCUACCUUCCGAGAUUUUAUCAAGAUUCAAUCGUAUUUUACUCUCGUUGA